AUUAACGAUGGUGGCGUUGCUGUAUACAAUACUGAUAUGCACAGUGGCUGUUGUGCUGAGCACCCCGGCCAGCAACGAGAAAUGGAAGUUAAUGGGGAAGCUGCUGACUAACCCUGAGUUUGGAGCACCAACAGUCGAUGACUUGAUGAAGAAGACAUUGCCAACCCCCCUUGGAAACACCAUGUGUGCAAACAUACACCACCUCUGGAAAGCAAUGCCAGUCGAGAUGAAAGAAAGGGUCAGCGACCUCGAAACCUCUUAUCCGACGCAGGAAUAUUCCAGGCCUUGUUAUUGGUCUUGGAACGUUAAGCCUGAUGCAUGCCCUCCAUUAGGCACGUACAAUCCACAGAAAAGUAUUUGUUACCGCGCAAGACACUAUGUUAUCUUCGGAAGCAGGCGCUACUGUUGCGCCCCGAAACUCAACAAGCCUCCAAAACUGGAAGUACGACAUGUCUCUGUUUCUCAGACCUCUCCCACUCAACUUGCUUCCAGAAACACUAGGAAAUCAAAAACUUCUGAAAAAUGA